AUGGUUUUCUGUCUGAGCUGCAGACUAGUGAUUGGCCCCAAUUAUCGCAUGAACCUGAGGCUUCAAAUCAUCUUCUCUUUGCAAGAGGACCCAGCAGAAGCAGACUUGUGGUUGCUGAACAGCUGCACAGUGAAAAAUCCUGCAGAGGACCACUUCAGAAAUUCAAUCAAGAAAGCCCAGGAGCAGCAGAAGAAAGUGGUCGUUGCAGGUUGUGUUCCUCAGGCUCAGCCCCGGAUGGACUACCUUAAAGGUCUUAGCAUUAUUGGGGUCCAACAGAUUGAUCGAGUGGUGGAAGUAGUGGACGAGGCUGUUAAAGGUCACUCUGUUCGCUUGCUGGGUCAGAAGAAAGAUGGUGGAAGGAGACUUGGAGGUGCGAGAUUGGACUUGCCGAAGAUUAGAAAGAACCCUCUGAUUGAAAUCAUCUCCAUUAACACUGGGUGUUUGAAUGCAUGUACGUACUGCAAGACAAAACAUGCUCGAGGAGACUUGGCCAGCUAUCCCAUAGAGGAGCUUGUGGAACGAGCUAGGCAGUCUUUCCAGGAGGGAGUGUGUGAGAUCUGGUUGACAAGUGAAGACACUGGUGCUUACGGCAGAGACAUAGGGACAGACCUGCCUACAUUACUGUGGAGAUUAGUGCAGGAGAUACCUGAAGGAGCCAUGCUGAGGCUGGGCAUGACCAACCCUCCUUACAUCCUGGAACACCUGGAGGAGAUGGCAAAGAUUUUAAAUCACCCACGUGUUUAUGCCUUCCUUCAUGUUCCCGUGCAGUCGGCCUCAGACAGUGUCCUGAUGGACAUGAAGAGGGAAUAUUGCAUUGAUGACUUCAGAAGAGUUGUGGACUUCCUCAAAGACAAAGUACCUGGAGUAACAAUUGCUACAGAUAUAAUCUGUGGAUUUCCCGGUGAGACUGAAGAAGACUUCCAGGACACUUUAGAACUUGUGAAACACUAUCGGUUUCCUAGUUUAUUCAUCAACCAGUUUUACCCCAGACCCGGUACACCUGCUGCUAAGACGGAGCAAGUUCCAGCACAUGUGAAAAAGCAACGGACUAAAAAACUCUCUGAACUCUUCCACUCUUACAACCCCUACGACCACAAGGUAGGAGAGAGGCAAUUUGUGCUGGUGACAGAGGAGUCUUUUGAUGCCCAGUACUAUGUUUCCCACAACAAGUUCUACGAACAGGUGCUGGUACCGAAAAGGGCUGAUUUCAAAGGAAAGAUGAUUGAAGUGGACAUCUACGAGGCAGGGAAGCACUUUAUGAAGGGGCGACCAGUAGAAGACAGCAAGCCUUUCACUCCCUCUAUCGGAGUGCCUCUUCGGAAAGGAGAAGUCUCUGGUUUGUUGCAGGAACAUAUGGCCAAUGGAGUCAAAGGAUCUGCUUCUGUGCCACCUGACUCUGCGCUCCUGGUCGGCUCCUACAGUCUGGACAGAGAACUGCUGAAGAAACUGGGGAUUUGCAUUGCACUAGCAGCCGCCGUCUUGGCCUUUGUUAUUGAGAAGGUCUACUAAAUGUACUGAAUCAUGAAAAGAUCAGAAAAACGACAAGUUUGAAGUCUGAGAAGAUGUUUUAUUUAAGCAAGUUUGGCACAGGUUUUGUGUUUUUGAUUGGAAAUGACUGCAUCAAAGCCUUUUGUCUUUGUUCACUUCUUGCAUCCGGAAAAUGUUAAUGCUUUGUAGCCAUUUUACUGAUAAACCAAAAACAACUGAAAGUGCUAUUGCAUUUUAAUGAAAAUUAAACGAGUGAGACUUCUUCAGUCCUUUUACUUUCAUUUCAGAGUAUUAAUUAUUUUACAACCUAAACAUAGUAUAUUUUUAGAGCUGCAAGAUAAAUCUCAUUCAGGUUGUCUUUACAAAUUUACAUGUGGCUCAAAAUAUUGAUGUUUUUCUUCUCUUCAGUAAAUAAAAAAAGAAUAAAAAUAAAAUUGUUAUAUUCAUGUUGUUUGAAAUAAAAAUGUGCAUGGGUUGUUUAUAAUAGUUUCCUGCCAGUUUAUUGCUGCCAGACACAUUCAUAAUAAUUUGUUUUAUUCUGUACACCCUGAUCUUCUUUGCUGUCUACAGAAGAACAGUUUCAUUUGCUCUCUAUCUGUAAUUGUGUCUUGCUGAUGUUUACCUUUGAGAUUUAUUCUUCUGCCUCAGCACAGUUCUGUUUGCCCUUAUAUUCCCUUUUCUUUCCACCGUCAUUAUGAUACUACUUUAUGAUCCUGCAAUAAAACCAAAAUUAUUAA